CAUUGAGAUGAUAGUGUCCAUAAAAAUAGGGAAAUAAUAUAUGUUAUAAUAUCGUAUAACGUGUUCAAAGUAUAGUAAAUAUAGUACUUACGUGUAUAUUGUGAUUCAUAAAAUUUGAACGAAAGAAGAAUCGUUAGAAAAAUAUGUUAAGUAAAGGAAAUCUUUUUAUAAAGAAUUUAGGUUGUACCAUAAGAACAUUUCACAAUAAAGCAAUUGUUAUUGGUAAUGUACAAAAUACUAAAUCUUCGACAUAUCAGGAAAAUUACGUUCAAAUGGAAUGUGCGGUGAAUAGGUUAAAAAAUACAGUUCAAAGAAUUGUAGAAGGUGGAAAACAAAAGGCGAAAGAGAGGCAUAUGAAAAAAGGAAAGCUUCUAGCACGAGAACGAAUUAAUACGCUUCUCGAUCCGACGUCUCCUUUCCUCGAAUUUUCUCAAUUAGCUGGUUACGAAUUAUACGAUAAAGAGGAAGUACCAGCCGGUGGAAUUAUUACCGGUAUCGGCAGGAUAGAAGGGACCGAAUGCGUAAUAAUCGCAAAUGAUGCAACUGUAAAAGGAGGUUCUUAUUAUCCAAUAACGGUAAAGAAGCAAUUAAGGGCUCAAGAAAUUGCGGAGGAGAAUCAUUUACCUUGUAUAUAUUUAGUAGAUAGCGGUGGUGCCAAUUUAACUAAACAAGCUGAAAUAUUUGCGGAUAAAAUGCAUUUCGGUAGAACUUUCUUUAAUCAGGCAAGAAUGAGCGCAAAAGGAAUCGCGCAGAUCGCAGUAGUAAUGGGAAGUUGCACAGCAGGUGGUGCAUACGUACCGUCAAUGGCUGACGAAAAUGUAAUCGUCGGCAAGGAGGGAACCAUUUUUUUGGCUGGUCCACCUUUAGUAAAAGCUUCGACGGGCGAAGAAGUCACUGCGGACGAAUUGGGUGGCGCGGAUCUUCAUUGUCGGAUUUCCGGAGUUACCGAUCAUUACGCUGUAGAUGAUAUUCACGCCUUGUUCUUAACCCGGCAAAUUGUAAAGGAUUUAAACAGGCAAAGAUCAAUGCACGUUAACGUGAAUAAAAAUGUGGAUAUACCGUUACAUCCUGUCGACGAAAUUUAUGGAAUAGUCGGGUUGAAUUGGAAGCAAUCGUACGACGUGAGAGAAGUGAUCGCAAGGAUCGUCGACGGAUCAAAGUUUCGCGAGUUCAAAGCACAAUAUGGGGAAACAUUGGUCACAGGAUUCGCGAAUAUUUAUGGUUACCCCGUGGGAAUAAUCGCGAAUAACGGUAUACUGUUCUCGCAAGGCGCGUUAAAGGGUGCACAUUUCGUGCAAAUCUGCGCACAAAGGAAAAUACCACUUAUCUUUUUGCAGAAUAUUACAGGAUUUAUGGUGGGCAAAGAUGCCGAAGCCGGAGGCAUUGCCAAAAACGGUGCAAAAAUGGUGACUGCCGUUGCUUGUGCUCAAGUACCUAAAAUUACAGUGGUGAUCGGUGGCUCGUUCGGUGCAGGAAAUUACGGUAUGUGCGGUCGAGCUUAUUCACCGAGGUUUCUCUAUACUUGGCCGAAUGCCAGAAUAUCCGUGAUGGGUGGAGAACAGGCUGCCAAUGUACUGAUUCAAAUUAACAAGGAUCAACGUAAACGCGAGGGGAAGCAGUGGAGCGUGGAAGAGGAGGAAAAAUUGAGGGAACCAAUAUUGAGAAAAUUCGAAGAGGAGAGCAAUCCAUAUUAUUGUAGCGCUAGGCUUUGGGACGACGGUGUGAUCGAUCCCGUUGACACUAGGGUAGUAUUGGGUCUCAGUUUGUCAGCGGCGCUCAACGCACCUAUACCGGAAACUAAAUUUGGAAUUUUCCGAAUGUAACAACGAAUAUCACAAUCUACAAAUCCGUGGCCUGAAAUUAUGAAAGCGCGAUCCAAUGUUCGUUCCGCGACUAUUCCGACGUUCUGUCCGAUAUUUUACGCCAAAGACGUGUAAAUAUAUAUUUUUUUAUACAUUAUUCUAUCACUUAUACACUAUUAUUGAACAUUCCAAAAAUAUAUAUAUAUAGAUAC